AUUAGAGCGGCAGCGAGGCUAGCGCAGCCUCCUCAGCCUCCGCAGCCUGUGCCUGCAGUUCCGCAGGGCUGGUGUGGGGAGCACGGAAGGCCGAGGCGCCGGCCCGGUAGCGGCCCAAGAAAGCGGGAGGGCAGGAGCUGCGUCGCCCGCCUCUGUGUGGCCCGUAGGCCUGUGUGCUUCAGCUCCGGAAGCCACCGCUAUCACCUGGGAUCUGCGCUUGGGCGGACGGAGCCCGUGGUGCGGAGGAGGCAGCCUUGGACGCGGACAUGAGGAAGUCGCAGCAGUUCAUUUCAGAGUCCUGCCCGGCCGCGCAGAUGGCUAUUCUAAUUCUUACUGGUCAUGUGCUUUCGUGAAGACUCACUCUAAGGCCGACGUGUGCUGAGCUCUAGUUCAUUCUUGACUAAAACAUUGUCUUCUUUCAAAAUACGGGAAGAUAAUGUUUAUUGUGAAAAGGAAAAAGAGAGCUCUUUUUUUUAAACUCACUAAACAGCCAGCAUAUUAUUGUAUAGAGACAUCUUACACCAAUUAAAAAGGAAGACUACUUUUACAUCGUAUGAAAGGCCUUUAAGAAUAAGGUCUUUUAUUACCAUCUGUGGAACUUCCUUAUAAUUCAUUCUUCCUCACUGGAAUAUUAAGAAUUAUACCAGGAAUCGAACCCAGGGCCUCCUGCAUGCAAGGUGGAAAAGAUAUGAAUGAGUAUCCUAAAAAAAGAAAAAGGAAGACUUUACACCCUUCUCGUUAUUCAGAUUCCUCUGGAGUAAGCAGAAUUGCAGAUGGAUUCAAUGGAAUUUUUUCUGAUCAUUGUUACAGUGUCUGCUCUAUAAGACAGCCAGACUUAAAAUAUUUUGACAACAAAGAUGAUGAUUCUGAUACCGAAACAUCAAAUGACUUGCCAAAAUUUGCAGAUGGAAUCAAGGCCAGAAACAGAAAUCAGAACUACUUGGUUCCUGGUCCUAUACUUAGAAUUCUAGACCACGCUGCCUUUCCUACAGAAAAAUCUGACAUUGAAAUUUGUGAUGAAGAAUGUGAUUCACCUGAAUCAUUAUACCAGCAAACUCAAGAUGAGAGUCCUGUAGAAGUUCACACCGCAGAAGAAGUUCCUGUUGCUAUAGAAGUGCAUGCUAUAUCUGAGGAUUAUGACAUAGAGACAGAAAACAAUUCCUCUGAAAGCCUCCCAGACCAAACUGAUGAAGAACCACCAGCAAAAUUCUGUAAAAUUAUUGACAAAAGCCAGGCUUUGAAUGUGACUGCCCAGCAGAAAUGGCCUUUACUGAGAGCUAAUAGCAGUGGUCUCUAUAAAUGUGAACUUUGUGAAUUCAACAGUAAAUAUUUUUCUGAUUUAAAGCAGCAUAUGAUCCUGAAGCAUAAACGUACUGAUUCAAAUGUAUGUCGAAUAUGCAAGGAAAGUUUCUCUACAAACAUGCUUCUGAUUGAACAUGCCAAAUUACAUGAAGAAGAUCCCUACAUUUGUAAAUACUGUGACUAUAAGACCGUGAUUUUUGAGAACCUCAGCCAGCACAUUGCAGACAUCCAUUUUAGUGAUCACUUGUACUGGUGUGAGCAGUGUGAUGUACAGUUCUCCUCAAGCAGUGAACUCUACCUACACUUCCAGGAACACAGCUGUGAUGAGCAGUAUUUGUGUCAGUUUUGUGAACAUGAAACUAAUGAUCCAGAAGACUUGCAUAGCCAUGUAGUAAAUGAGCAUGCAUGUAAAUUAAUAGAAUUAAGUGAUAAAUGUAACAGUGGAGAACAUGGACAGUACAGCCUGUUAAGCAAAAUUACCUUUGACAAAUGUAAAAAUUUCUUUGUAUGUCAAGUGUGUGGUUUUCGGAGUAGACUUCAUACAAACGUUAAUAGGCAUGUUGCUAUUGAACAUACUAAAAUAUAUCCUCAUGUUUGUGAUGACUGUGGCAAAGGAUUUUCAAGUAUGCUAGAAUACUGCAAACAUUUAAAUUCACAUUUAUCUGAAAGGAUUUAUUUAUGUCAAUAUUGUGAAUACUCUACAGGACAAAUUGAAGAUCUUAAAAUUCAUCUAGAUUUCAAGCAUUCAGCUGAGUUACCUCAUAAAUGUAGUGACUGCUUGAUGAGGUUUGGAAAUGAAAGGGAAUUAAUCAGUCACCUUCCAGUCCAUGAGUCAACUUAACUGUUCACUUUACAUAAUGUUUAAAAAAUAAAUUCAAGGGUUUUUUUUUAUGUUAAGAUGGAUGGCUUUAAGCACAAUGUAAGAGAUUUACCUUCAAGUCAGUUUUUUAAUUUUUUCUUGGCAUUGCUAAAUUUUCAGUAUAUAAUGAUACCUUAAUUGUGAUGUUUUCAGUUACACAGUAAUUCAUAGUUGUAUUUCCUUUUGGUGACUUACCCAGUUUCUUUGCAUGUGCUCAUAUUUCAUGAAUUGAAGAGUAACAAAUGUACUGAAGAAAUGACUGCCUUCCUUACCAUAGAAGGUAUUACAUUUUCCUUUUUUUUUUAAACUCAAGCUUAGCUUUUUGUGUAUGAAGUCAUUAAAUUAUUGCACUACCAAAACUAAAAUGAAAAAUAGAGACUUAAUUUCUCUUUCCAAUCUGAA